AUGGCAGAACAUCAGGACCAAGUACCUCUUCCUAGCGAUGGCGUUAGUGACACAGGAAUUGAUGUCAUCGUUGUCGGCGCUGGCUUCGGAGGUCUUGCCUGUGCGAUCGAAUGCAAAAGAAAGGGUCACCGAGUGAUGAUCCUCGAGAAAGUGCAUGAAUCGAAGCAGCUAGGCGACGUACGUUUCAUUGGAAUGCUGAGCUUUGGCAUAAAUGCUGGUCGCAUCAUGGCCAGAUGGGGCCUCCACGAAAAGUUGUGGUGCAUCUCCCGUCUUGCAGAAGACCUUCGCAUCCAUGAUUACCUCGGAGGCGUCAUUCAAGUGCAAAAGCUGUCCCUGCCGCUCUUCGGAGCGUUCUCUUACAGUGGUCAUCGAGGGCGUCUUCACGAUAUCUUUGUUGAGCAUGCCAAGUCCUUGGGUAUCGAGAUUCGCAUGGGACAUCAGGUCGUGGAAUAUUGGGAGGAUGAAGCGAAUGGAAAAGCUGGUGUCAAAAUCCAAACAGAUGGAGUGAAGAGUUUAGCGAGACAAUUUGUUAUUGGGUACCGCGACAGCCCAAAACCUUCUGGUUACGCUAUUUAUCGAGCAUGGUUCGAUGCUGAAGAGCACGGUGUUACGACAGACCCAUUGACAGACUUCAUGAGCAUUCAUGGGGAUCAGUUUUACACGUGGAUUGGUAAAGACAUGCACAUUAUAGCGGUUUCUGUCGGCGGAGGUAAAGUUGUUUGUUUGCUCAUCACUCACAAAGAUAACACAGCUGUUGAUGGCGACUGGUCGUCCCCGGGUAAGAUAGAAGACAUACUCGACCUUGUGAAAGACUGGGACCCGCGGUGCGUUGCACUCGUCUCCAAAGCUCCUUCAUGCAUCGACUGGAAGCUUCUUGUACACGAUCCUCUUCCUACUUGGGUCAGCAAAUCUGGUCGCGUAGUAUUGAUUGGCGAUGCUGCUCACCCAUUUUUACCAUCAAGCGUGCAGGGUGCAUCUCAAGCUAUUGAGGAUGCCACAACUCUAGCAAUUACCCUGAAUCUUGCUGGCAAAGACAACGUUCCACUGGCCACGAGGACAUGGGAGUCCAUGCGGUACCAACGGGUGCGUGAUGCACAGCUGGUUGGGGAGACUACGCGUGAUAAAUGGCAUGGAGCCAAAGCUGGUGACUCCGGGAAAAGUUUCGAGCUUCCCAUGCCAGAGUGGUUGAUGGCAUUCGACGCUGAGGCGGACGCAUAUGCCACUUACUACAGAAUAGCUCGGUCUAUAGUUGAAGAGGGCUAUCGUCGGCCAACUCUUUCUGGGGAAGAGUUGACUGAAGAAGUCAAAGAAACACCAUAGGUACUGGACUGCUCUGUAAGACGGGACAGAACAGAGUAUGCGAAUAAGAAGCUUAGUCACGAGUCUUUUGCAUUGCUGAAUAUCCGUUCUUG